CCACUCACGUCGAGCGUCAAAGGCGACUUUUGUGCUGCGGCAUUAGUGCCAGCGCGGCACGCGUAGACGUUUGAGCCCCGACAACAGCUCGCCUCGCCCCGCCUCGGCGCGCUCAGCGAGUUUGAGCGCACGCAAGGCCACCAACAAGGUUAGUGGACUAAAAAGACGGGCUGCCUCACCAAGACUAAAAAAGCGGGGCUGCCUCAAAACCCCCAAAAAUGUCGCGCGAAGCACCGACAAGUGAGACCGCAAAUGGGACCGCCGAGACGAACGGCGAAGCCCCCAAGCCGACGCUCCAGCGGCGUCCCAGCUACACGCUGUUGGGAUCACCGGACCCUGCGCCAAUCGUCCUGACAGCUGCGGCCGUGCUGGCCUUCUGCGCGGGCUGCACGAACGCCUGCGCAAUGCUCGGCGUGUUCAUGGCGCCCGGAAUCAAGGCCACCGGCGUGACGCACGUCACCGGUAGUCUGACGAAAGCCGGAAUGGUCCUUGCAAAUGGGCCUGCGGCAACCGCUCCAUGCCUCGCCGUGCUCGGGUACGUCGUCGGCGCGGCGCUGGCGGGCGCGACGGUGCCGGCGGGCAUGUUCGACCGCACUCAUGCGCGGGCCUAUGGACGCAUCGUGAUGGCCACAGCCGUGCUCCUCGCGCUGGCGGCCGCGCUGCAGGAGGCCGAACAUGGACACGGCUUCGGAUUUUUGCCGGUGAUAGGUGCUGCGUGUGCCUUCGGCGCACAGAACGGCCUUGCGACGGCCGUGUCAUCAAGCAUGGUGCGCACGACGCAUAUGACCGGCUGCGCGACCGAUGUGGGCCUUAUCCUCGGCCGCGCCAUGGGCCGGCUGCUGCGAAAGGACGGCUGCGGAUUUACCCAAGCCGAGAAGAAUCGCUUAGGCCUCUACGGACGCCUCUCGCUUGGGUUCGUCGGCGGUGCGGCCGUCGGUACGGCGUUGGUCCAGGAAGCCGAUAUUCCGAACGCGCGAGCCCUCUUUGUGCCCGCGGGCAUCCUGCUCACGGCUGGCGGCAUCGCCGCCGCAGGCUUCCUCGACCCGCGCGUCGACCAGACACCACUCGAGGCGCGUGUCAAUAGCGCCGGGAAGCUCUGAGCGCCACGACCCCCCCUACUACGUAAUGUGAAGUUCUA